UCGAUCAUGGACAAAUUAACGGACGACGAUGAUAUAGCCGAAAUUCUAUUCGUGGAAAGUAUAUCUUCUGACUGCGAAAAGGAAGAUCACUUUCAAUUAGCUUCCAAAAUUGAGAACGAUGUACCAGAGAAUAACUUGGAGAUGUCUAUAGAACGUUACACUUUCCAAGAGAAGUCAGGAUACAAAAGUGAAAAUGAGUUUAUAGAAUUUAAUAUCGACGAUUGCGAGAGUCUAUUAGAUUUCAAUAAACAGAUAAUCUCCUAUUUGUUGGAAUUGAAGAAACACAUAACCUAUGCUCUCCAAAAGUGUGAGAAAAAAUUAAAAGUGUUGGAGACUAAUUUGCAGAAACAUACAAUCGGAGAUACGAAAAUUUUGAUUUGCAAUGCUGGCAUGCCAUACUUCAAAGAUAGAAAUUACUUUUUUGCCCCUAAUAACGAUGACGAGAUAUUAAAGGAAAACCAUAAAGAAUUACAAAUUAGGAAUCUUCCCAAAGUUUCGCCAUGGACAAUGAAAGAAAGAUGCACACUUUUGAAAGCGAUACGAGAAGAAGCCAUUUCGAAUACGUUAUAUUCUCAUAAGGUAGAACGUACCAGACUGAAUAAAGUUAAUGAAAAAAAGAAGAUAAAUAGGUUUCCACCUAUGAAUUUUGUUGACAUGGUUGGUCCAGUAGGAGGGAAAGAAUUUGAUUGGUUUAAAAUAUCCUCUAUUCAUUUCGAGGAAGUACAUCCACCGCUCGAUUGUUGCGUGAUGUGGAAUAGUUUUCUUCAUCCUAAGAUAAAUAAAAACAGAUGGACAAAACCAGAAGAUUAUAAGUUGAAACAAAUUGCGUACAAGUAUAAUUAUCAAAACUGGGAUGAAAUUGCCAAUGAAUUAAAUACAAAACGUACGGCGUAUCAAUGCUUCAUUAGAUACAAUACAACAAAGAAAUUGCCCAAAAUUAAAAAUUGCAUUUGGGAAGCAGAGGAGGAUGAAAAACUUUUAAAACUGAUUGACAAAAUUAAAAUUGGUGACUUCAUUCCUUGGGGUGAAGUAGCGAGUUGGAUGCAAAAUAGAACUAAGCAGCAAGCUUACUUUCGGUGGACUUAUAGCUUAGCUCCAUAUUUAACGAAAGGUAGAUUCAGUAAAUCGGAAGACAACAUAUUGAUGGAUGCUGUUGUUAAAUAUGGUAAAAAUUUCAGUAAAAUAGCAGCUGAAUUGUUGCCUAACAGAACAACUGUUCAGCUUAACUAUCGUUACCAAAUAUUAAACACCAAUAAAAAUAAAAAUUGGAACGUAUGGAUGCUCGCAGACGAUUUGGCAUUGCUGGAACUUCACAGACAGUAUGGUUCGAAUUGGUCCAAAAUAUCGGAAGCGUUUACAUGUAAAACGAGGACUCAUUUGAGACAUCGACAUGCAGCUUUGCAAAAAUAUAUUAAGAGAGGUAAUUCCAUUUAUGACUUACAUAGGAAGGAGAUAAAUGGAGAAGAAGAACUAGAAGAGGAGAGCGAGGAAUCGUGGGAAAAGAAUGGAAACAGAUUGAACGAUGAUUGCAGUAACGAUGUAGACCAGGAACUAAUUGAAUACUUUCGUUCAAAACAAGCAACAUCAAACUUCAUUCAUAAAAGGAAGCCUUGUACAGCGCAACAACUUAAAUGCGACACAAAAAAUGUAUAUAAAACUUUACAGUUUUUGAAUGCCAAACUUCACAUACCUGAUGACCUUAGUAAUUUAAAAUUAAGUAGCGGAGAGAAACAACUUUUAUGUUCUUUGAGAGAAUACAUAAAACUUAAGAAUGACGAGAAAACACAAUAUCAAGUUAUAGAUGAGUAUAGGUCGCUUAUGUUUGGAACAAGUUCCGAUGCAGAAGAAGAAGGUACACAUUACAUCCCGCCGCCUCCUUUCGACUCGCAGAUAAAAUUAAAGAAGUCCAAGGACACCGAGUGCAUCGAUUAUAAUUUAAAUACAGAUGAUACUUUCUUGGUUGAAAAACAAGUAGACUUUGAUACUCCAGAUUUUGUGAUCUCUCGUAUCGGCGGCAACGACCAAGAAUUACUAUUUCAAAAACUCAGUCAAUCAUUCGAAAUGAAUUCUUUGAAGAGUAAACAAACUGCGCGUAGGAGUCAGGAUUUUUGUACUUUUGCAAUUGGUGCAUCAUUACCACAAAGUAAUAGUAGUAGUAGCAACAAUAGGAAUCCAAGUGAAAACGCUUCCCAAGAAACGAGACCUAUCGUUCGAUGUGUUUCUGGUACUUGUUCUGAAAGUAACAGCGUUUAUAGUCAUAAUGUUAAGUUAGAAAGCGGAAGUCAUGAGAAACCAAGCGAACAAACGACGAAUAAUGUCCCGUUAUUUAGUACGUACGAAAAGAUACAUAUUCCACCGAAUUCCAGCGUAGACGCAUCUACAGGACAAGACGUUCCCUCGAUGGAAGCGACGCACGCAACUUUACUCGGUAUACAAAAUUUAAUGUAUUUAAAGCAGUUGAACGAAAUACGCAGUAAUUCGUAUAAAAUCACCACGAAAUCAAAGACAUUUCAAAAAUCGCUUGAUUUACUAGAAACACGUUUGGAGCAAUUGUUUAAGUAUCCCAUUGGUCAAUCGAAAACUGUACUGCCGAAAGUUUACGUAAUGGAUAUAUUUUCCUACGAUGAUAUUGCGCCUAAAAAGAAGGCUUCCGAAGUGUCGAAAAUACGGAAAACCUAUCGGACAAAAAAGAUGCGAUUGUGUAAUAAAAAUAGUAACAAUCAAAAAUGAUCAAGGUCAAUCUUGGUUUGUUAAUAUUUUGAAACGAUACUAUCAUGUUCUUUUUUUAUACGAGAAAAACGAUUCGAAGGGAUGAAGGUUUCAGAAAAGUUUACAAAUUCGUUUAAUUAUUUAAAGGUACAUACAAGUCAAGUUUCUAAUGGAUUUUAUUCAUCAAGUAUGUAUGCAUGUUUCAAAUUUUUCAUGUAUCGAUAUCUACAAUGCAAAUUCAUUGAUUAGUGAACGAAAUCUGUAAAUACAAUGAUCGCAGGUUCCUUAAAGUAAUACGAUCCAAACAUUUUUAUCGUCUUUUGUUUUAUACAAAAAAUAGAAACACUCUUAGAGUAAACCUAUACUUUUAUCGACCGGACUACGAGAAACAGUUCGAAGUAUGUAAAUUAACGAAGAAAUAUCAGGGGAAAAAAAAGAAAAAAGAAAAGAGUAUUGUUGUAUAUAGGUUCUACAGUUUGUAUAAAAAUUACAAAAAUGUAAACAAUUUCAGUUACGUAUAAAUAGUAAAAUGCACCCUCGCUAAUUCAGUCCAAACACUUUUUCUUUGAACUAUUAAUGCAAAAUAAAUAGAGUAUAUUUUUCUA